AUGUUAUUAGAUCAUUUGAAAUCGAAUAUUAAUUCCGAUCACGAAAAUGAUGUGGAUUCAGAUAAGACUCUUGUAUCACUGAGUGUACAACUGUCGCCAAAACGAAAACUUGAAGAAGAGGAGAAAGAUGACAAAGACGAUAAGAAGAAAGUGAAAGUUUCAGAAUCAUUGGCGGAAUGUCCCAUAUGUGAAAAAUUCAUGGAUUCCACAUUUUUACAAACCACUCAUAUUGACGCUUGCCUUUCGGGUAAGACAAUACUACCCAAGACUUCUAGUGUCCCCAAAAAGACCAAAACAAACAUUUCAUCAUUUUUCAAAUCUAAAGAACCUAAAAAGGUGGAUCAUGAAGAUUUCUAUUUUAAUCAAGUGGAGAAACAUGUUCAAUCAAUAAACAGGUUGCCUAAACUUGACUUCAAGUCAUUAACCACCCCCAAAUUGAAGGAGAAAUUAUCUUCUGUCAAUUUAUCAACCAACGGAACCCGGAAUCAAUUGGAAUUAAGGUACAAUCAAUAUUAUAUUCUUUUCAAUUCUAAUCUUGACAGCAAUCAUCCUGUAGACACAAGGACUUUAAAACAACAAUUAAUGUCAUGGGAGUCAUCACACUCUGCUUUCAAUUCCAAAUCAGUUACCAGUUUAUUCACUAAAAACACCACCAAAUCAAUCAUUGACAAAAAUUUCUCUGUUAGAUUGUGGAAACGGAUGUACCAUAUGGAGUUUAAAGAAUUGAUAGAACAAGCAAAGAAAAACAUCAAAAUUACCAAAGAGAUUGAGCCAGAAUUCAAGACGAAUUCAAUAUUUAUAGGAGAUGAAGACUAA